AUGCCGUUGCAAUCGUUGAUUGCCCAGAUUGGAGGUCAAUUCUCUUUAUGGGCUGGUGGGAGUCUAAUCUCGUUACUUCAAUUGGUCAUCUAUUUAUCUCGUCAUUUCUAUCAUCGAUGUCAUCGAGCUGUCAGGCAUCAAAGAAGAAAAUCCUUGGCUGCAGCGGCUGCUCGACGUGCGUCAACUCGGCGAAGCUCUUCUAUUCCAAGAUCCUCAAAAGUACUAAAUGGAAACAGUUUAACUCAUCAUCUCAUCCGAAUUGAACCGGAUUCCCUUGAAAAAGUACCUGUA